AUGCGUCGCGCGGCGCGGCGGUGCGCGAGCGCGCUGGCGGCGCGAUCGGGACGAACGGCGCGAUUGGCGAGCGAGCCGACGUGGAUUCCCACUCGAGCGCUCGCGAGCGAGGCCGAGGGCGAGGCGGCGAAGACGGGGACGCUGAGUGAUCGUCUCGGGACGGUGGCGCUCGUCGUGGGCACGCUCGCGGGGUCCGUGGUCGGGGCGUCGACGUACGCGAGCACGACGGAGGAGCUCAGGCGAGAGGUGGAGGCGAACGAGCACGUGCCGAAGGCGCUGAGAGAGACGCCGCUCGGGGGGGUGUACGGCGGGGCGAUUGAGCGCCUGUUGGCGCUGCGGGAGUGGAUGGACGAUCAGUCACACAAUUAUCUGGAUCCCAUCAGCGAUAAGCUGUUGCCCGAUCACCCGCCGCAGGCGGAGUACAUACCGCACACGCUGGUGUUAGACUUAGACGAUACGCUGAUCAAUUCCAAUUGGAAGCGCGAGCGAGGAUGGAGGGUGUUCAAGCGACCCGGGGUGGACGGCUUCUUGGCACACAUGGCGCAGUUUUACGAGAUGGUGAUUUUCACGGACCAGCUGAUGACGUACGGCGACCCGAUCAUUGAACGGUUAGAUCCGACGAGGUACGUCACCCAUCGUCUCUACCGAGAGUCAGCGCAGUACAAAAACGGGGAGUAUAUCAGGGACCUGAGCAAACUGAAUCGGGAUAUGGGGCAGAUUUUGUACAUUAGCAGUAAGCCGAGGAGCGCCGAGCUUCACCCCGCCAACGUCAUACCGAUCAAGCCGUGGACGUACGAGGACGGCUCCAAGGACACGGCGCUGUUGGAUCUCAUGCCCUUCCUCGAAUCAAUCGUUCGCCUGAACGUCCAGGAUGUCCGUGUCGUCCUCGAUUCGUACAAGAAGGAGAUGUCGGCCACCGGGAAGGACAUUCCAACAAUUUUCCGCGAGCGCCAACUCGCGCUCCAGCGUCGACGCCGCGACAAGCUCGCGAAUCAGACCAAGAUGAGCCGCGGGUACGACGUGGGUAAACGUGCCCAACGCGAAGCCAGAGCCGCCGCGUAA